CGUCGUCAAUAUCCUGUGUAGUUUGGCAAAUAAGGGGAGUUUCUUUGCUAGCAAUAUCUCUGGUUAUAGUUAUUACCACCAUCGUUUAACUAGACAAGCUAGUGAAACUAUAUAACAAAUUUUUUUCCCCCUAUUUUGACUCAAACUUGUUAAAAUUGUACUGUAAGCUAACGUUAAUUAGUUAACGUUAAGGUAGCUAGCUAACUCAUAAGAUAGCCGGCAAAUUCUGGUGGAUCAAGUUUGUGUCGAGGAGACAGCAAGUGUGGAAAUGAGCAUGACAGUGCAGCGGCAUGUAGCUGAAAGUGAAACGGGGCUUGAUCUCAUCGUUGCAGGCUGCCUGCGUUAGAAGACAGAGGCUAUCCACACCACCACCAUGAAGCUCUUCAGUCUGAGUGUGCUGUAUAAAGGGACCACCAAGUCUAACCUACUGAAAGCUGCCUACGACCUGUCAUCCUUCAGCUUCUUCCAGAAGUCCAGUGUUCAGGAGUUCAUGACGUUCACCAGUGACCUCAUAGUGCAACGAUCAUCUAUAGGGAGCCGAGCCUCUAUCAAAGAACAAGAGUACCUGUGUCACGUGUAUGUGAGGAAUGACUCCCUGGGUGCGGUGGUGAUUGCUGACGGAGAGUAUCCCUCUAGAGUGUGCUUCACCCUACUGGAUAAGGUGCUGGAGGAAUUUUCCAGACAGGUGAGCAGUAUAGACUGGCCCUCUGGUUCUCCUGCCACUGUCCACUAUACUGCCCUGGAUAGCUACCUCGCCAAGUACCAGAAUCCUCGGGAGGCGGACGCAAUGAGUAAAGUACAAGCUGAGCUGGACGAAACCAAAAUCAUUCUGCACAACACUAUGGAAAGUCUGUUGGAGAGAGGAGAGAAGCUGGAUGAUCUGGUCCAGAAGUCUGAACACCUGGGGAACCAGUCUAAAGCCUUCUACAAGACAGCGCGGAAGCAGAACUCUUGCUGUGAGGUCAUGUGAUGUUGCUGGACCCCUCUCGAUCUCCUCACCCCCUGGAUGUGCCAUGAUUAUCAGCCUUCAUAUUAUACUUAUUACUCUGCGUGUGUGUGUGAGCGUACUGGCGAAAUGAUUGUGUGAUGAAGUUUAUCAGGUGAUAGUUGUUGGAGCCUUUUUGCAGUUGAUUAGGCCUAAGUGCUGUUUCCUGAAUAUGGUGAGUGAAUUCUAAACAUUCCUAGUUGUGUAAAAGUAAAUUUAAUUGUUUGUGUGUGUGAGAACUGAACAUUGUGCAUCAAAGGUGUUUGAUUGA